CCAUGAUUGCGAAACUCUUCUCUGACAGGAUUCAUUCAGCAUCUAGCGACUUACAGUCUGGAAGCCUUUGCCCUUAAACAAACUGAACUAUUUUAUACAAUAUAUAUCCAUAUAUAAAUACACAUUACAGUUUAUUUUGCCGUUAAGGAAACUAAACAUGGCUGGGCGUUUACCGGCAUGUGUGGUUGACUGCGGUACAGGGUACACGAAGCUUGGCUAUGCAGGAAACACGGAGCCCCAGUUCAUUGUGCCUUCAUGUAUCGCCAUCAAGGAAUCAGCGAAAGUGGGAGACCAGGCGCAGCGCAGGAUGACGAAGGGAGUCGAUGAUCUCGACUUCUUCAUUGGAGACGAGGCCGUUGACAAACCUUCAUACGCCACCAAGUGGCCCAUCCGUCACGGCAUCGUGGAGGACUGGGACCUGAUGGAGAGGUUCAUGGAGCAAGUCAUCUUCAAGUACCUGCGAGCGGAGCCAGAAGACCACUUCUUCCUGCUGACGGAGCCUCCGUUAAACAGCCCUGAGAACAGAGAGUACACAGCAGAGAUCAUGUUUGAGUCGUUCAACGUGCCGGGGCUGUACAUCGCUGUGCAGGCAGUGCUGGCUCUUGCUGCAUCCUGGACCUCCAGGCAGGUGGGGGAGAGGACCCUGACAGGCACCGUCAUCGACAGUGGGGACGGAGUCACUCACGUCAUCCCUGUGGCGGAGGGCUACGUGAUUGGCAGCUGUAUAAAGCACAUCCCCAUCGCCGGGCGUGACAUCACCUACUUCACCCAGCAGCUGCUGAGGGAGCGGGAGGUGGGAAUCCCCCCGGAGCAGUCCCUGGAGACGGCCAAGGCUGUCAAGGAGCGGUACAGCUACGUGUGUCCGGACCUGGUGAAGGAGUUCAGCAAGUACGAUACGGACGGCUCCAAGUGGAUCAAGCAGUACACCGGCAUCAACGCCAUCAGCAAGAAGGAGUUCACCAUCGACGUGGGAUACGAGCGCUUCCUGGGACCGGAGAUCUUCUUCCACCCUGAGUUCGCCAACCCUGACUUCACCCAGCCCAUCUCUGAGGUGGUGGACGAGGUCAUCCAGAACUGCCCCAUCGAUGUGCGGCGCCCCCUCUACAAGAACGUGGUCCUGUCGGGAGGAUCCACCAUGUUUCGAGACUUCGGCCGGCGACUGCAAAGGGACCUGAAGAGGAGCGUGGACGGAAGACUGAAGAUCAGUGAGGAGCUGAGCGGAGGAACGCUAAAGCCCAAGCCCAUAGAUGUGCAGGUCAUCACUCACCACAUGCAGAGAUACGCUGUCUGGUUCGGAGGAUCCAUGCUGGCCUCCACACCGGAGUUCUACCAGGUGUGUCACACCAAGAAGGACUACGAGGAGGUUGGGCCCAGCAUCUGUCGUCACAACCCUGUGUUCGGGGUCAUGUCCUGAGGCUGUGCUCUCUCUCUCUCUCUCUCUCACACACACACACACACACACACACACACACACACACACACAGGAAACAGUGGAAUAGACCAAAGGCCUGCCUGGAGGCCAACAGACCUACACUGGGACUGGACCAGGUCUGCCUCCUGACUGGACCAGGCCUGCUGGUCUGCCUGCUGGUCUGCCUGCUGGUCUGCCUGCUGGUCUGCCUCCUGACUGGACCAGGCCUGCUGGUCUGCCUGCUGGUCUGCCUCCUGACUGGACCAGGUCUGCUGGUCUGCCUGCUGGUCUGCCUGCUGACUGGACCAGGCCUGCUGGAACAUGAACACUUGUGGACUUUAAUUAUCUUGAACAACAACAAUUGUCAAUGAUUAUUAUGUUAUGUGGUAUCAAUUACAGGGUUAGAAUAUCGGGUGAAAUCCUACCAUGUUCCGAUGCACUUUUCUGUGCGUAAGGAUAGAUAUAGCUUUUCUUUCUUAUAAUUUUUAUAUAUAUUGCAGGACAUGGUACUGGGACGAUGUUCUUCUGACACAAGGCUGUUCUCCUGUCAGACUCCAACAUCAGGACCAGACGAGCUGUUCUCAGUUUAAACUUGAAACUUGUCAACGUUCCUAUCUUCCUGAACAGGAAUAUUAAUAUAUUUGAAAGUGAAAUGCCUCAUCCUGGAUGCCUGGCCUGCUGUCUGGGGUGACUGGACUGAAUCAGUGGGGUUGAUUGCCUUAAAGACAUUUGCAAUAAAGGCAGAUAGACAUUU